GCUGUCAGGGUUGAGUGCGCCGCUGAACGGAUGGCAGGGGGAGCAGAGUGGGUUCCUGAGGAGCAUCCGUGAGGUAUUUGAAUAUCAUCAGUUGCCACCCAUUGAUGUCAAGAUGACUAAGCUUGGAUUUUUGCGAUUGUCCUAUGAGAAGCAGGACACACUUCUAAAGCUUCUCAUCCUGUCGAUGGCUGCUGUGUUAUCUUUUUCUACUCGUCUUUUUGCUGUGCUGAGAUUUGAAAGUGUCAUCCAUGAGUUUGAUCCGUACUUUAAUUAUCGGACUACCCGGUUUCUGGCUGAGGAGGGGUUUUAUAAAUUCCAUAACUGGUUUGAUGACCGGGCUUGGUACCCUUUGGGCCGAAUCAUUGGAGGAACAAUUUACCCAGGUUUAAUGAUCACUUCUGCUGCAAUCUACCAUGUACUCCAUUUCUUCCAUAUCACCAUUGACAUUCGGAAUGUCUGUGUUUUCCUGGCCCCGCUUUUCUCCUCUUUCACCACCAUCGUUACGUACCACCUUACCAAAGAGCUCAAGGAUGCAGGAGCUGGGCUUCUUGCUGCUGCCAUGAUUGCUGUAGUUCCUGGGUAUAUUUCUCGAUCUGUAGCUGGCUCCUAUGAUAAUGAAGGAAUUGCUAUCUUUUGCAUGCUGCUUACUUACUACAUGUGGAUCAAGGCAGUGAAGACUGGUUCCAUCUAUUGGGCUGCCAAGUGUGCCCUCGCUUAUUUCUACAUGGUCUCUUCAUGGGGAGGCUAUGUGUUCCUGAUCAACUUGAUUCCUCUACAUGUCCUGGUGCUAAUGCUGACAGGCCGUUUUUCUCACCGGAUCUACGUAGCCUACUGUACUGUUUACUGCCUGGGCACCAUUCUUUCUAUGCAGAUUUCCUUUGUUGGUUUCCAGCCCGUCCUUUCAUCAGAACACAUGGCAGCCUUUGGAGUGUUUGGUCUCUGUCAGAUCCAUGCUUUCGUAGAUUACCUGCGCAGCAAGUUGAAUCCACAGCAAUUCGAAGUUCUUUUCCGGAGUGUUAUCUCCCUGGUUGGCUUUGUCCUCCUCACUGUGGGAGCUCUCCUCAUGCUAACAGGAAAAAUUUCUCCCUGGACAGGGCGUUUCUACUCUCUGCUGGAUCCCUCUUAUGCUAAGAAUAACAUUCCCAUUAUUGCAUCUGUUUCUGAGCACCAGCCCACAACCUGGUCUUCCUACUAUUUUGAUCUACAGCUCCUUGUCUUCAUGUUUCCAGUUGGCCUCUAUUACUGCUUUAGCAACCUGUCUGAUGCUCGGAUUUUUAUCAUCAUGUAUGGUGUGACCAGCAUGUACUUUUCAGCUGUAAUGGUGCGUCUAAUGCUGGUAUUGGCACCUGUUAUGUGCAUUCUUUCUGGCAUUGGUGUUUCCCAGGUGCUGUCCACAUAUAUGAAAAAUCUGGACAUAAGUCGCCCAGACAAGAAGAGCAAGAAGCAACAGGAUUCUACUUACCCUAUUAAGAAUGAGGUGGCGAGUGGGAUGAUACUGGUCAUGGCUUUCUUUCUCAUCACCUACACGUUUCAUUCGACUUGGGUGACCAGUGAAGCCUAUUCUUCUCCCUCCAUUGUUCUGUCUGCUCGUGGUGGGGAUGGCAGUAGGAUCAUUUUUGAUGACUUCCGAGAAGCGUAUUAUUGGCUCCGUCACAAUACUCCAGAGGAUGCAAAAGUCAUGUCAUGGUGGGAUUAUGGCUACCAAAUUACUGCAAUGGCAAAUCGGACAAUUUUAGUGGACAAUAACACAUGGAAUAAUACCCAUAUUUCUCGAGUAGGGCAGGCAAUGGCAUCCACAGAAGAAAAAGCCUAUGAAAUCAUGAGGGAGCUUGAUGUCAGCUAUGUGCUUGUCAUUUUUGGAGGCCUUACUGGGUAUUCUUCGGAUGAUAUCAACAAGUUUCUUUGGAUGGUCCGGAUUGGAGGAAGCACAGAGACAGGAAGACACAUUAAGGAGAAUGACUACUAUACUCCUACUGGGGAAUUCCGUGUUGAUCGUGAGGGUUCUCCGGUGCUGCUCAACUGCCUUAUGUACAAAAUGUGUUACUACCGCUUUGGGCAGGUCUACACAGAAGCCAAGCGUCCACCAGGCUUUGACCGUGUUCGAAAUGCUGAGAUUGGUAAUAAAGACUUUGAGCUUGAUGUCCUGGAGGAAGCGUAUACCACAGAACACUGGCUAGUCAGGAUAUACAAGGUAAAGGACCUGGAUAAUCGAGGCUUGUCAAGGACAUAAACGUCACAUUGUGCCCUGAGCAUUAUGCUUCGCACUGAGCGCGUCAUGUUGAGGACGCUGAAGAUGUUUUUUAUAUGCAGUUUAUAAGAACAGCCGGAUGGGGUUAGAAUUGUCUGCAAGUUUUGCCCUGGACAAUAUGGGCUGGGCCAAGUGAAAUGAUUUUUAUAAUUCUGAGCAGGUUACCAAAUGAAAUGUUAUGGCUUUACUUUGGUCAAUUAAAAGGGGGGGGGGAUUUUUUUUAAAUGUGCCUUAUUUGUUUUGACUUAAAUUGGCUGAUACGAGGAUCACAGAAGUGAGCGGAUGGAAGACCAUAUCCAUGCUCUAGGUCCCCAAAUGAACCAGAUAGGAGCAUUUUUUUCUCCUAUCAGCAAUCUCAAGGACUAGCUCUGGUUCAACAAAUGUAAACAACAACUUUGUCACACUUUUUUGUUUUUUAGCACCCAGGUACAAUGCUUUCCUUAUAAUGGGUGCUUAAUAAAUUUUUAUCAAAUGAAUAAAUGUUUCUGGGACCAGAGGAGUGCUGUUUCUGGGCAAGAAAGACAGCUUUCUUGCUGUUAUGUCUAUGUUCUCGAUGUCUAUUUCUUUAGAAGCUCUUUGGCUUUAUAAGGACAGAAAGUUGCUGAGUAUUCCUGAUCUCACCAGUAUCCUUUCAAACUAAUGGCAGUUAUUCUUUUUCUAAGUAGAAAUGUGAAGCAAAAGUGACUAAUCCAGUAGUUCUUAAGAUCAGUGAAACAUCAAUCCUAGAGGAAGACACUCCUCCAACAUCAGGUUGAUGAUCAGUAGAUGUUUCUGGAAUCAGAUGUCAUUAUGUGGACCUACAUGAAGUUUAGGCAUUCAAUACUUCACUAAACCUAAAACAUAGUAAAUGGCUCUUUGCUCAUUUUCUCUAGACUGCACUAAAUCUCUUAGGGUUAUCCACCGUGAGCUUCUGUUUUUCUUAAUGUCAGUCUGCUGUGUUCAUAUACCACUUUGAGGCUUGAUUACUUGGUUUUGAAUCCCUUGCUAAAUAUAUACAUAGGAAGUGGGAAGUAUUGCUACUAGCAGGUACUUUGAUAUCAUUGCCAGUCUGACUGCAAGAAAAGAGACUUCAAAAACUACAAAGCACAGAGAUCCCAUAGAUAUUUUGUGUCAGGAUAAAUAGCUUUCUGUUCUGUAUAAUAGGAUAUUUCAUGUAAUUUACAACAUAGGGCAUAAUCACUGAUGUAUAUAAACCAUCUUAAAUUAAUUAUAGUGUUUCUAUUUAAGAAAACAGGAGGAAUUAUAUGACUUUUAGAUAGUCACAGUGGUACUCAAUGCAUAUGUGCUUAGGUGUACUUGUAUACCUAAGGGCUUUUCCUUCAAACCGGUGUAUGUACUGUGUAUUUUAACUGUGGGUGAAAUUUUAGAUUUAACAGAUGAUUUGAUAUCCUAUAUGUAAAUACAUUAUUUGAUUUAUAUACAGAACUACUGCCUAGUGGGAAAGGUUAACCUGAGACUUAUCAAUAUGAUUAACAUUACAGGUUAUUAGUAAGCUUUCUCUAUAGUAUAAAUGGGAUACCCCCUUUUCAUAUCAUUUUGACUCCUGGGAUCUUGAUAUUUUCUAGUCUACAAAGAUUUUUAAGUUGAUUUCAUUUUCAGUUGUAGUCUUCUUAGUGUAAAAAAAAAAUAAAUCCACCUCAAAAGCAACAAUAAAAUUUCACACACAUGCCCACCCACACACCCAGCCAGCACUCGCCAGAGACUCUUGCUUCCAGGUCUGGUGAACCUCGCACUGUGCCUCCUGCCUGAUCAUUAGUAACUUGCUUUGUUAUGUUUUGGUGUUUUAGUUUGAGGUAACAUUGAUUUCUUUUUUCUUUCUUUCUUUUUUUUUUUUUUUUUUUUAACCAGUGGCUUUCAACAUUGUGCGUCAUGUUCUCUUUGGCAAACCAUUAUCUCCCAAAGUAUUUACAUUGCAAUUCAUAACAGCAAAAUCUUAGCUAUGAGGUCACAGUGAAAAUACUUUUAUGGCUGGGAUGUCACCACAAGAUGAUGAGCUGUAUUAAAGAGUAGCAGCCUUAGGAAGGUUGAGAACCACUGCCCUAUGUUUUGUGACACCAUUUUUACUAUCAUCUGUUACUGUUCUAAUUACUUUUUUUUUUUUUUUAAAGACUGUUCCAUGUAGCUCAGGCCAGCUUUGAACUCAAGAUACAGAUGAUGCUAGCUUUGAACUCUUGAUCUUCCUGCCUCUACCUCCCAGUUGUGGGCUACUACAGCUAGUUAGGUACUAUUUUUCCUAUAUAUUUUAAAGGAAAUACUUUAAUUUUUUGGUACUUGUUAUCUUUCCUGCUUCCUUACCACCCCAGCUAGUUCUCCCUCAUUUGUGCCCAUUUUCUCAUACUGUGAUCAAACCUAUUCGUUAAACAACUUUGGGUGUUUUGAGACAGUAUCUUUUAUAGCUAGGGCUGGCUUUGAAUUCCUGAUUCUCCUCUCUCUAUUUGCCAAAUGCUGGUAUUAAGAUGUAUGCCACCAUACUUAGUUACAUUGGGUUUUUCAGAAUGUCUUUGAUUUUUCAGCUUGAAAUAACUCUUCAGGUUUGUUGAAUUAUAUUAUUUUACUGUUGUAUUUGUUGAUCUUUGCCAUUUUCAUUGAUUUGCCAUGUCUUAGUAUCUUCUUAUAUGUAGGGGAAAUACAUUUCUGGAGCUCUUCUCUAUCAUACUCAAUGCAUAGCUGGGUAUAGCAUUCCAGACUGGCGCUCUUUACAUUAUAAAGGCACUGGCCCACUGUUCUAAUGUUGAGAAAUGGCAGUUAUUUUGAUGAGUAUUUGUCUAUUCUUUGCCCCAGAUCUUUUUUGCAUCUUUUUUGUGGGUGUUCACUGUCCUGGGUACUCUGGAUUUUCAUGUGUGCAUAGUCAAAUUUUUCUGUUUUUUUUUUUUUUUUUUUCAAACAGUUAUAUAUGGAUUCCUCCAAUUCUCUGAUAAGGCUAAUUAAAACGUUCAUAUUUUAGGCAACAUGGUAUGACACUUGAAAUAUUUAAAUUUUUGUGUUUGGGUGUUUUACCACAUAUAUGUGUAUCAUGUGCAUUCCUAGUACCCAUAGAAUCCAGAGGAAGACAUCAGAUUCCUGGCACUGGAGUUAUCGACAGUUGUGAGUUGCCAUGCAAGUGCUCGGAAUUGAACCCUUUGUAAGAACAGCCAUUGGUUUUAACUGUUGAAUUAACUCCCCAGUCCAUGAUGAAGUUAUUUGAGUGUGGGGCUUUCUGAGUCAGUUUUCUAAUAGUUUCUUAGUUGCUCUUCUUUAUUCUACCUUUUUGGAGAUUUCCUCAGCUGUAUUUGUGGUCUUGCUCUGUUUUCCCCUCCCUCCCUCCCUCCCUCUCUUUUUCCUCCCUUCCUCUUCCCUCCCUCUCCCCUUUUGUAUGUUGUGCGUAGGUUUAAGCCCAGGGCCCUGUGCAUGCUAGGUAAGCACUCUUAACAGUGAGCAACAUCUCUUAAUUUCAACCAUAUUUAAAAAAAAUAACUUUUUUCUUUUCUGCUUUCAUAUUUCUAAAGUCUUAAGCACUCUUGUUUAGAGAUCUCUUUUGUCCCAUUGUUUUGCUGCCUUUCCAAUUAAAGACUUUUCCAAAUUC